GCUCAGGCCGUAUGAACCGAGCACCGAUCGGCCCACUGAGCAAACAUGGCGGAUGACAAGGAUCCUCUGAAACAGUUGAGAGAUCUGACGCGGCUCAAGUCUCAGCUGGAGGAGAUCCAGAGGCAAGUGGAGAGCGAGGCCUCUGUAGGGAUUUCUCAGGGAGGCUCAGUUUUGGGAUCUCCACUUCUGAAGGGCUUCCUGGCCGGCUAUGUGGUUGCCAAGCUACGCUCCUCUGCCAUCCUGGGAGUGCUGCUGGGAACUCUUACUGGCAUAUACGCGGCACAGAGCUAUCAAGUGCCCAACAUCGAAAGGACUGUCAAAGAUUAUAUGAACACCUUUAAAAAGGGCCCAAAGUAAUUUGGGCCGACUGCUC